AUGACACCCUACAGUGUUUCCCAACUACUAGUCAAUCCUCCUGUCAUUGAAAUGGACGACAAACAUGAAGCUUUCUUCAGUCCUAGAGUUGGUUCAGUGUAUGAUGCUUUUAGCCCACCAACUGCAGAGGUGGAGAAGAAGGUUCGCGCCAUUGAAGAAAAACUAAAAACAAUGGAAGGUUCUAAUGCUCUCGGGUUAGAUGUUGCAGAGAUGUGCUUGGUACCUGGAGUGAGGAUACCCGCUAAAUUCAAAGUCCCUGACUUUGAGAAGUACAAAGGGGAAAGAGACCCAAGAACUCACAUUUGGUCCUACUACCGAAAAAUGGUUGUGUAUUAUGAUUAUGAGAGACUUCUUAUGCAUUUCUUUCAGGAUAGUUUGAGUGGAGAUUCACUCGAGUGGUAUAUACAAUUAAAAGUUACCCACAUCCUAACUUGGAGGGACAUGGCUGAAACUUUCCUAAAGCAUUAUCAAUACAAUACGGACAUGGCUCCAAAUCAUACUCGGCUAAAAAAUCUCACUCUGGAGUUUGAUGAAACUUUUAAUGAGUAUGCUCAAUGUUGGAGGAAGUUGGUUGCAAGAGUGAAACCUCCUCUAUUAGAGAGGGAACUUGAAGAUAUAUUUAUCAUAAAUCUUCAAGGACACCUAGUUAUUGUCAGUGAAAGGAUUGAGAAUAUGAUCAAGAUGAGAAAGAUCCAAAAUGCUUCUCAUACCUCUGGUGUGGUAAAGAAACCUUAUGUUGGCUUUGGGAAGAAAAGAGAAGGAGAAACUAACGAAACUGCAGUUGUGAGGGGACGGGUUCCAACAUACCAUGCAUCUUAUCAACAAGUGGUUGUCGUGUCACCUGUUCAAAACCAGCAACCCUACGUUAUUCCUACCGAUCAACAACCAGUCCCAUAUCAGCAGCAAUAUGCUUCCCAACAAUAA